UCAUUUCAAUAGUUAGUUUGUUGGAUAUCAAUAAAGUUGUGUAUUUUUUUCAUGCCCUCGCGUAAUUCAUAUUAUAGUUGUUAGAUUACUCCGGCCGGGGCGAACAUAUUAAUAAAAAAUAAAAUAAUCGUAGAAACAACAAGUGUUUGAAUGUUAAACUAGAAAGUGUGUGUUUAUGUGUUACGUGUUUAAUAACUGAAAUUAAUAUAUAUAAGUAGUAAAAAAUGUUUAAAAAAACUGCCACCAAACUUUUGGAACAGAAUGCCGACAAGGUGACCCAAUGGUUGGAUACAUUCGAUGCCGUCAUAACCGAUUGUGACGGCGUUCUAUGGGUGUAUGGCGAUGUUCUACCCGGAGCCGCCGAGGUUAUGAAUCGUUUCAAGGAAAUGGGCAAGAAAAUAUUCUUUUGUACCAACAAUUCAACCAAAACUCGCAAAGAACUUCUAGUCAAAUCCCAUAACAUGGGUUUCAAUAUAACCGAAGAGGAAGUUAUCUCCACAGCACAUUCCCUGGCGGCCUACCUCAAAAAUCGUAAUUUUAAUAAAAAGGUCUUUGUUAUUGGUUCCGAGGGUAUAACCAAAGAAUUGGAUGCUGUGGGCAUUGAUCAUACAAAAGUUGGACCUGAACACAUGCCUGGCUCGUUGCAACAAUAUCUAUCGAAUCAUUUCAAGCUGGACGACAAUAUAGGGGCUGUAGUUGUGGGCUUUGAUGAAUACUUUAGUUUUCCCAAGAUGACGAAAGCGGCCUCUUAUCUUAAUAACCCGGAAUGCUUGUUUAUUGCCACCAACACAGAUGAACGAUUUCCCAUGCCCAACAUGGUAGUACCUGGAACUGGUAGUUUUGUGCGAGCAAUUGAAACCUGCGCUGAGCGUAAGGCUACCGUUAUAGGUAAACCUAAUGUGGCGAUUUGUGAACACCUUAUCAAGGAUGGCACCAUUGUUCCUGAAAGAACGCUGAUGAUUGGUGAUAGAUGCAAUACUGAUAUACUGCUGGGCUAUAAUUGCGGUUUCCAAACUAUGCUGGUUGGCACUGGUAUCCACCAAUUGAAUGAUGUGGAUUCUUGGAAGGCCUCCGACGAUCCAGAACUACACAAAUUGCUACCAGAUGUGUAUUUACCCAAACUGGGAGAUUUAUUGCCAUACAUGUGAAGUUAGUUUCACAUCGAUUUUCAGCAUCCAUGCCCCAUUUAUAGUUUUAGAAAUCAUGACAUUUUCUAAUCGUAGCUUAUCAAGAAUUGCCGAGAGGUUAAUAGUGUUGGAAUUUAUAUGUGUAUAUUAAGUUUGCUUUGAGCUCUAAGUACAAAGUGAGAUUAUCAAUUAAAUAAAGAAAAAAAUGUUAACAAUAGUGAAAAUUAACGAACAA